CAAGCCACCGCUUUCUCUUCUCUCUCUGCUCCAGAGAAUUUCUAAAAGCGGCGUCUACUUUCCAAUCUACAGCUCUAAUGGCGACCCUUUAGAUUUGGCAGACUGUUCUUCGUUGCUUUUUCUGGUUCUCUAUGCUUUGGCUUCGAGAUUUUCGUUGUUCUAGUUGAAGGUUGGUUGGUGCUGGAAAUGGCGAAUCCGGGAUCGAGUUCUUGGACCAGCGGAUACGAGACCCUGAUUAGAGCAUCAAAGAUCGGUUUUUUGCUGCUUUGUGCCCUCUCAGCCGUCGCGGCCGGCAGAGUGGCCGUUCCCGCCGCCGCCGAGGCUCUGGCCGUUGCCUUCCCAGUCUACCGGGAGGCUCUCCGUUCCUGGCUCGCUCCGCCGUACCUCUUCGUCGCCGUCCAUCUCAUCAUCUUUGUCAUCUGGAAGCUCUCCGAUCAGAAGCAGCUGCAGGAGCAGCAAGGCCGAGAGCAAUGGAAGCCUAAAAGGUCCAACUCUUUGGGAUCUCCUCCUGUCUCUGGGCUUUUGGCCGAGAUGCCUCCGUCCUCGACGGCGGCGGCAGUUCUAGCGCCGGAUCCCGUUGAGAGUCCUCCAUCAAGCCUCACGACAGACUCCGACGAGGUGCACGUAAUCUCGUCGGCGGUCAUGGGCAAAAGGGGCUCCGAAGAGGAGGACGAGGCGGCGGCAAGGGAGAUAGCGAACGAGUCGAUGGAGGCCGCCUGGAAGGCUACCACGGAGAACAGUACUCCUCGCUCUCCGGCGAUGUCCCGCCGCAAAGCCAAUCAACCAGCAGAAGCUCCCUCGUCGGCCACCACUGACCACGAAUUCAACCGGCGAAUCGAUGAUUUCAUCAAGAAGACCCACGAGCAGAUCCGUCUCCUUAAUGGCGGCGAGCGGCGGCCCAAGGAGAUCCAUCGAUCGAUGAACAAAUAAAAAUCUAAUCUUUAUCCUUAUCUUCUUCGUAUCCCUACAAAACCCCUUCUGUUGAAAGCUUCCAAUGGCAAAACAUGUCCAAUUUUCCUUUUACUUCAAGCAGACAAAAUCAACAUUGCUCACAGACAAAAUGUUUAGCUGCAACAUUCUUCGUUUGAUGUAGCCUAUUCAACUUCUGAAACCCCUUCACCCUGCAUGUAGCUUCUUUGUUCGAUCAGUAUUGUUCUACCUUUCUUCUCGAUGGUAACAAUUCUUUGGCAUAGUUUGCAUUCAGUGUGAAGUUUUUUAUGUUUCCCCAGAAGUUGUUUCAUGUCAGGCACGCUUUUCCUGCUCACUGUCCUCAUCUUGCAGAAGGGCAGUUGCAGUUUACCUGUCAAAAAUAAGAAGGGCAGUUGCAGUUUGCUAGGAUUGUAAACCACAGCUUGUAUUUAUUUAUGUUCAUAUUAAAAGUUUAAUCGUAUCCUUUCUUGGUC